CUUAAACUUUCAUUCUCUUUUUCUUUGUUCACAUUUUUGGCCGGUUACAAUUUCAAGUCAGAGUAAAAAUAAUAGGACACAAGAACAUAUUCCAAGAUGAUGACCAGACCGCGACUCACUAUCAGCAACAAGGCGCUUGUAUGUCAGGACAACGACUUGCGCGGAAACAUUACAGUUGGUGCUAGAACGGUGCUUCAUCCUCAAUGUAAAGUAUGGGCAACCGGCGGAUCAAUUAUUUUCGGUAGCGGAAACAUUGUUGAGGAAAAUGCCGUCAUUAUCAAUAGGGGACCAGAUGCUCUGAUUAUUGGCGACAAUAAUGUCUUUGAAGUUGGAAGCGUGAUGGAAGGUGCAAAGAUUGGUAACCGCAACACAUUAGAAGUUCGAUCACACGUAAAGAGCGGAACAUGGCUAGGCGACGAUUGUGUGAUUGGGGCUGUAUGUUCAACAAACGAAGGGGAAGUUCUUGAAGACAGAACCGUGAUUUAUGGUACCAAUAAUGAACGCCGGACUUACGCAGGGAAUCGUGCGAGUAAUAUAACUAUCCAUACCAGACAUCUCGAAUAUUUGAUGCAGACAUUGCCAAAGUUCAAUCAUGCACGGUCAUCGUCUUGAUCCUUUACAAAUGAUUAUCAAAGUGUCAGAUCAAUAAUAAAAGAAAAAUAAGUUUAUAUCUUUGGCUAG